AGCCUUAGUGCCUAGAUCUUAAGUUGCAUCCAUGCUUGACUGACAGCUGACCUGUAGCUGCCAUAUAGCUCCGGUAGCUCUUGUAGCUCUUUGUAGCUGCCGAAAUUCAGCACCUAAUUUUUAAGGUUCAACCACCCUACGAACUUCCUAUGCCUUCUAUUUUAAGGUUGGCCCAAUUGAAACUCCGGGUUCCUCCCUGUUAGGUAAAGUUAUGCAUUAUCGGAGCAAAACGGCCCGGAUAAAGAACGCCUUAUGGUAUCGAUAAAAGCUCCCAAUCCGAUAAGUGCGUCGAUCCCAGGUCCCCAUCCUCUCAUUACCUUGAUAAACUACCCGGCUCUCUUCUCCCUAUCAUCAAUUAGCAUCACUUCGAGGCUGUAGAACCGCCACAUGAUCACAUGAGUAGAUAUUAUUUAACAUGACUUGAUCAGGAUGGCGCCUUCGCAACAAGAGCCGGCCUACACGGUCUUUGUCCGACUCCCAUUUCCAAGGGGUGAUUUCGUUGAUCCGCCGUCUGCGAAUUGGGACUCGACUAAAGAUGAAGAGCUUUGGAACAUCAUCUCUCGUCCCUCUAAGACAGAGAUAGACUGGAAUGGAAUCGCGAACGACUUCGGUGUCACCGCGGAUUUCCUAUUCCAACAGAUCGCAUGGCUUACUGAGCGCCAUACGUCCCAAAUCCGGGCGCAGAUGCGCAAGGCUGCGGCUCUUGCGAAGGGUUCGUUGGCGCCGUCGCCCCAGCCAGGCCCCGAGGGUCCAUUUUCAGCAGAGCCCAUGCGACGCACCGGAUCCGCUGAGAGACCAGGGCGAGCGCCGUCACAGUUAUCGAUCCGGAAGGAGUCUCCACUGCCUAGGAACGAUGGAAGCGUACCCGGCACGCCGGUGAGGAGCACGCCGCGGCCCACCGCAACGCGCACGUCCUCAGCGAACACGGCCGUUUAUACGACACGUAAUCUAGGAGGCAACAGCAAACCUCAGAUAACAUCCCGGGGCAACGAUACGCAGCGACAACGUCUGUCAUCUCUUCCCAUCGCAACCUCCGCCGACGACAACGAACAGGAACCCGAGCCGCCGUCCCCAGAGCCGACCGAGUCAAGCGACUCGGAAUCGUCAUCUUCGAGCCCGGCGCAAUCUCGAAUCAUCCGACGGCCUCCGCGUUUCCAGGGCAACAACGAUGCUGCGUCCGAUGCCGACGAGGACACCGAGCCCGCCUUCCUACCCUACAACCCGCCGUCGUCGGCCGGGGGCUCGAGCGGGCACGACCUCAGCGCCACAUUGCGCGGCAACCUCCCGAGGGACUACGCCAAGCGUCACCCGAAAGGACCUUCUGGAAGAUCGGGGCGAAUCCAUCAAUCUCAAACCUCCGAUUCAUCAACAGGUUCGGCCGCACGGCCCUCGGACCCGAACCGGGCCAGCGGUGGCCCGCUCUCACCUAGGAGGACUAUGGAGCUUUCUAACCAAAGCCCCGGCGGCAAGGGCAAGGGGCAGUCACGCGACAGUGAUGGGACGCCUAGCAUGAGCAGUAGUUACAGUGACCUGGACGACACAUCCGUGACGCGAUCCGCUAUGGAGGAGGAGCUGGCGAGCAUGGCCGACGGUACGAUGGCGAGCCUCAGAGGGACUCUUGGUGGAACCAUUGGUGGGACUAUUAACCUGUGGAGGAAUAGCAGAUACCUUCCCGGGAAGCAGAAUCACUGAUCAAUGAAGCAUAUGGGAUGGGGUAGAUUUUUCGCUUUAGCAAGUUGUGCUUUCUUUUCGCGCGCUGUUUUACUCCUUUUUUUUCAAGAUUUACGAGAACUUACCUACUUGAUCUACUCGGGCGAAUCGGUCACGAAACUUGUAUGAGGACCUCCAUGGAUAGGCUGGGCGGCAUCUGCGGCGUUUAGGUGCUUGGGGUGCUUGGUUAGGUAUCUAGGCAGAUAGGCAGGCACAUAUGCAAGAAAGUAAACAAGUUGUUCGCGUAGGCAGCUGCUGGGUUUGUGUAGGCUAUGGAUAUCUAUCUAGGUUUACAUGAUUGAACUGAU